UACAACUCCCAUAAUCCCAAUCGAGCGACCCACCUGACGCCCAGGGGAGCCGGUCGCCCCUUGGAGGGGCCCCGCCUCCCGAAAUGUCCUGCCUAUGUCCUCUUGGGUACAGUUCCUUCUGAGAUUCUUGGGGUCCCCGGUGAGGUGCGACACCUGUCCCGAUUAGGUACAGUUCUGCCGUCCGUGACCUCUCGCAGUCCCCUUGUGGGGAAGGGCACGCAGUCUAGUCCGACGGGGACCGGCCGCGGUGGAGACCCCGGGAGUGAAGGGCGAACCUCGCACGCAUGCGCGGAGACGCGUCUUGGGGGCGGCCUCAGCGGAGCCCCUUCCUGGAGUCUGUGAAGAUCACUGGUAGGAAGAACUCUGGGUACAACAGGGCACCCUUUGCACGUGACGAUGGCUCAGAUCUUAAGGUCUCGUCUGGCAAAUGCUGCAGCGAUUCCUAAUCGAAUGAAAAUCCUCCCGUAUCUUGGAGUCCUGAGAAAUAGGAUGAUGUCAACUCAUAAAUUGAAGAGGAAGAUGAGAGAAUAUUAUCGGCUGCUGAACCUGGAUGAAGGAUGCUCCGCGGAUGACGUCAGGAGGUCCUUCCGUAAGCUGGCCAAGCAGUACCAUCCAGACGGCGGCUCCUCCACGGCUGACUCGGCAACGUUUGUAAAGAUCGAAGAAGCUUACAGGCAGGUGCUUUCCCACGUGACGGAACAAACAAGCGCCAGACAAAGGAACGCUGAAGAGGCGGACGAAGAAGAAGGGAAAUUCAAAUACACAACGCCCCAACACCGGCAUUACUUAAGUUUCGAAGGGGUUGGUUUUGGAUCCCCAAGUCAACGGGAGAAGCAAUAUCGGCAAUUUCGAGCAGACCGUGCGACCGAGCAGGUGAUGGAGUAUCAGAAGCAGAAACUGUACAGCCAGUAUUUCGCUGAUAGUUUAACUGUGCAAGACGUAAGGCAAAGCAAAGAACAAAAGAUCACCCAAGCAAUAGAGCGUCUGGUGGAGGAUCUCAUUCAGGAAUCAAUGGCAAAAGGGGACUUCGAUAAUCUCAGUGGGAAGGGAAAGCCUCUAAAAAAGUUUUCCGGCUGUUCGUACAUUGACCCCAUGACUCACAACCUGAACAGAAUAUUGAUAGAUAACGGAUACCAGCCAGAAUGGAUCCUCAUGCAAAAGGAAAUAAAGGAUACUAUCGAUCAGCUCAGGGAGGCAAUUUUAGCAUCCAGGAAAAAACUCGGGAACCCCAUGACAGCCGCGGAAGAGAAACAGUGGGACCAAGUCUGUGAGCAGUUUGAGGAAAACAUCGGAAAACUGAACAAGCGAAUCAAUGAUUUUAACUUAAUUGUUCCCCUGCUAACCAGGCAAAAAGUCCACUUCGAUGCACGGAAAGAAAUUGCCAGAGCCCAGGACACGUAUGAGGCCCUAAUAAAAACAGGAGAAGUCACAGCGAAAAAGCCAAAUAGCAGUGGUCAGGGAGAAGGGGAGAAAACAGCUGGAGUCAAGACAGGUUUUUUCAACUGGGCGAAUAUGUGGAAAUUUAUUAAAAUCUGACCCAACAGUACUGCCCCGAGUCAUUUUCAGUUGCACUGACGUCACACACAGAGGCUGAGACCGUGCUGCUACCCAGGAGCCUGAGAACUGCGCUUCCCGGCACUUGCACAAACUGAGCUCUCCCCCAGGCCUCGUGAGAGAGAAGGUGUCAGAAGCUGCAUCAGAGAGACGCCCAGCCAGCUCCGCUCUGGGAACAGAGCGAGAAGAGAACCGAGAAAGCACUUUGAUCCGUGUCAGAGUUGGUCAGUCGCCAGGUGAAAUGGGUUUGGGCAGGGGCUCCUCCAACUGGGAAUCUGACCCGUAUCCCAAAUGUCUUAGUGCGGUUUCAAACUCUGAUUUACCAAGUUGUCAUCUGCCAUCUUCAAACACAGGCCCUCCAGCAACAUCAACAAGCUGAAUAAAUAUUAUCAAAAGUCAUAAAACUAAACGAGUGCGGGGAAUGUAGGGAGGACACCUCCAAAUGAUGUGUGUUCUUUGCCGGUUCGCUGCACUUCCACGCCCGAGGCCGUCACGGCCCUCAGCGGCUCCUCCGGGUGGGGCACUGUGUGGGUCGCAAUGCCGCCACCAGCAAGUUAGCAGUGGAUUCCUGCACUGUUCUUUUUUUUAAUAAAGGUCCUCUCUGUGGGUCCUGAAUUUAAAAAAACAAAAAACAAAUACCUGGGUUGUACUUUGUACUUUUCCCCGCCUAACUCCAUGACCUGUUGGCUGCAGAAGCUGAUCAGCCAAGCGGAUUGAUUUAGAGUUAGCAAUUCUAGAAAUAGACUCCGAUGUCCACUUUUUUUAAAGGAGUUCUGAGUGCAUUUGGAGACUUCCCAGGAGUGGGGCUUGGGGGGAAUAACAGUUUGUCUCAAAGGAAACCAGAUUGCAUUUAUGGCUU